AUGUCCACCAUAGCCAAAACGCUCACAGUCCUUGCGGCGCUUCCUUUCGCACUGGCCCUACCAGAUGCAUCUCGCACCCUCGAUAUCCGCGCUUCAAGCUGCACUCCGGCCGCAGGAGGCUCGUCCUCGACAGACGACGUCCCUGCGAUUACAUCCGCUAUCGCGGCCUGUAGCAGUGGUACAAUUGUGAUCCCGUCAGGGACCACAUACUACCUAAACAGCGUGCUCGAUUUUGCUGGGUGCAGUGGCUGUGAUUUCCAGAUCGAGGGCCUGUUGAAGUUUAGUUCCUCUACCAGUUACUGGGAAGGACGCACGGCGAUGAUCAAUGUCAAGGACAUUGACGGUCUGAAGAUCCGCUCGCUGACGGGUAAUGGCGUGAUUGAUGGGAAUGGGCAGGAUGCAUGGGAUCUCUUCGCCUCGGACAGCAGCUAUGCGCGCCCAACCCUCCUCUACAUAACCGGCGGCUCCGACAUCACAAUCUCCAAUUUCCGGCAAAAGAACCCACCGAACGUCUUCAACUCCGUCAAAGGCGGAACCACGAACAUCGUCUUCGCAGACCUAAGCAUGGACGCUACAUCCAAAAGCACCAAUGCGCCCAAAAACACAGACGGCUUUGACAUCGGCGAAAGCACAAACGUCGUCAUCACCCGCGUGGGAGUCAGCAACGACGACGACUGCGUCGCCUUCAAACCCGGCGCGGAUGGCGUCACCGUGACUGACAUUACCUGCACCGGCAGCCACGGGCUGUCAGUCGGCUCGCUGGGCAAGGGAUCCGAUGACACGGUAAAGAACGUGUACAUGUCCGGCGCGACGAUGAUCAAUUGCACCAAGGCGGCGGGCAUCAAGACGUACCCGUCUGGCGGGAGCCAUGGACAGUCGACCGUGACAAAUGUGACGUGGACGGGGGUUGUGGUGGAUGAGUGCGACUAUGCUAUCCAGAUACAGAGCUGCUAUGGGGAGGACGAGGCUUAUUGUGAGGAGUAUCCUGGGGAUGCGGAUUUGACGGGUAUUGUGUUUGAUCAUUUCAGUGGGACGACGAGCGGAGAGUAUGAUGCUGUGACGGGCAAUCUGGACUGCGGCGCUGAUGGGACUUGUGGUGUGAAGGUGAGUUCUUAUACGGUGACAGCCCCGGCUGGGGAUAGCGACGUGCUAUGUGCGAAUACGCCGUCGGAUCUGGGGGUGACUUGUACCUCCGGGGCAGCGGGAUAG